UCAUCUUUUAUUUUAAAGGGUGGAAUUGAACAUUUUCAGACCCUAAAAGAUACAUCCAUUGUCAAAAUAUUUAUGAAUGAUUGUCGUAAGAUGAUAACUUGGUAAAUAAAAUGAUAUUGUUUGAAAGCUCCAGGAAGUUUUUCAAAUGUUGUGAUAAUGAUCUCCCGUCAGAUUAUAAAUAUAACAAAUGGAUCUCUGCCUAACUUCCUUCAUAAUACGCAUAGUGGGUGUGGGUAACAGGAGAGGGACGUCAAAACAAGUAACGAAUAUAGACUCUGUUUAUCUUUAUGAGAUGUGUAAUAUCCAUAUUUUUAGUUGAAUUCUGCCUACUCAAUUCGGGAACAUGAUUGUGAAAAGAUAAAAAUGAAACGUAUGAAACUGAUAAGAGUGAAUUCGCGUCAUCGUAAAAAUAACAAAAAUAAUGACAGGAUGGAUCCAAAUUCUUGGAACAAUAAAGCCAAUUUUCAACACAGAGAAAAUUCACAAGCGGAAGAGGUAGACGAGGUACAUGUAAAUGGAUGGCAAGCAAUGAUAAAAACCUUUUUGUGGUUGUCGUUAGCUGUAUUCCUUAUAAUUGCAGCAGUAUUGAUAUUAGAAUAUUGCUUUCUGAAUAGGCGAACUGAAAAUGAAACAUCAUAUGCUACAUCUCAGAGUCCACCUUCUUCCAUUAAACUUCCAAAUCACCAGUUUUUUAAAAAGAGCGACUGGGGUGGUAGACCACCAAAAUGGCAAUUGAACAUUACUGGUCCUGUGAAUAUGGUCAUAAUAAAACAUCUGAGAUCAAGAACCUGCGACUCUUUUCCGAGUUGUAGUAAAGUUGUAGCGACGCAACAAAGUCAAGAUGCCAGAGACGGUCAUCCAGAUAUAUACUGCAGUUUUCUUAUUGGCAGUGAUGGAAAUAUCUAUGAAGGAAGAGGAUGGGGAGUUCAACCGCAGUACAGAAAUGAUACGGUCGACAUCGUAUAUAUUGGAACUUACGAUAUUGACAAAUUAACGCCAAAUAUGAUAGAUGCUGCUAAAACUUUAAUCAACGAUGGAGUUAGCAGGAAAUACUUGACUGAAGACUAUAUUAUCGUCUGUCAUAACCAAACUAGUCCAAACACAUGGAGCCCAGGCCAAAAUAUUUUCAAAGAAGUAAAAACUUGGCCACACUAUGACUCUGGAAUUUUCUUUGAGACGACCUCAGGGAACACGGUGGCUUCAGUGAAGCAUUCGGUAAGCCUGACUUCAGAAGUUCAAAUAAUAUGUUAACUCAUGUGUUUAACUCACUUGUGUUUUGUGGACUACGUUUUUAACAAGUGUUUGAGGUGACUAAUUCUUCUACUAAUAAAUUUCGAUAAAAAAUUAAAUUGAAGUAUGACGAAAUAUGUAUUGAACAUAAUUUGGAAAAACUGCCUCGGCUUGAAUUAUUCAUUAGAUGUAGGUAUUGA